UUCAUUCUGCAUUUAGCAAGGUCAUGGAAGAUCUAGAGGAAACAUUAUUUGAAGACUUUGAGAACUACUCCUAUGCCCUGGAAUAUUACUCCCCAGAGACUGAUUUGGAGGAGAAAGCACACCUAGGAGUCGUUCACUGGGUCUCCCUCGUGUUAUACUGUUUGGCAUUUGUUCUGGGCAUUCCAGGAAAUGCCCUUGUCAUUUGGUUUACGGGAUUCAAGUGGAAGAAGACAGUCACCACUCUCUGGUUCCUCAAUCUAGCCAUCGCAGAUUUCAUUUUUCUUCUCUUCUUGCCCCUGUAUAUCUCCUAUGUGGCCAUGAAUUUCCACUGGCCCUUUGGCAUCUGCUUGUGCAAGGCCAAUUCCUUCAUUGCCCAGUUGAACAUGUUUGCCAGUGUUUUCUUCCUGACGGUGAUAAGCCUGGACCGCUAUAUCUACUUGAUCCACCCUGUCUUAUCUCAUCGGUACCGGACCCUAAGGAACUCUCUGAUUGUUAUUAUAGUUGUUUGGCUUUUGGCUUCACUAAUGGGUGGUCCAGCCCUGUUUUUCCGGGACACUCUGGAGUUCAAUAACCACACUCUUUGCUAUAACAACUUCCACGAGCAUGAUCCUGACCUCACGUUGAUGAGGCAUCAUAUCCUGACCUGGGUGAAAGUUAUUGUUGGGUACCUCUUCCCUCUUCUAACAAUGAGCAUUUGCUACUUGUGCCUCAUCUUCAAGGUGAAGAAGCGAAGCACCCUGAUCUCCAGUAAGCAUUUCUGGACCAUCCUGGCUGUGGUCAUUGCCUUUUUGAUUUGCUGGACUCCUUAUCACCUGUUUAGCAUUUGGGAGCUCACAAUUCACCACAAUAGCUAUUUCCACCAGGUGCUGCAGGCCGGAAUCCCCCUCUCCACUGGCUUGGCAUUCCUCAAUAGUUGCUUGAACCCCAUCCUUUAUGUCCUAAUUAGUAAGAAGUUCCAAGCACGCUUUCGGGCCUCAGUUGCUGAGAUACUAAAAUAUACGCUGUGGGAAGUGAGUUGUUCUGGCACAGUGAGCGAACAGCUCAGGAACUCUGAAACCAAGAGUCUGCGUCUCCUGGAAACAGCCCAGUGA